UCCAAGCCAAGCUGGAGAACCUAGAGCAGGUCCUAAAGCACAUGCGAGAGGCUGCGGAACGGCGGCAACAGCUGGAGCUGGAGCAUGAGCAAGCCUUGGCUGUCCUCAACGCCAAACAGCAGGAGAUCGAGCUGCUGCAGAAGGCCAAGGUGCGGGAGCUGGAGGAGAAAUGCCGGACGCAGAGCGAGCAGUUUAACCUCCUGUCGCGGGAGCUGGAGCGGUUCCGGCAGCAGGCGGGCAAGAUCGACCUCCUCAGCAGCAACUCCCUGGCACCCCCGGGCCUGGCCGGGGCUCCUGGAAAAUCCCUGUCCCAGCUGAUGAAUGGAAUUGCCACUUCCAUAGGCAAAGGUCAUGAAAGCCCUUCUGGGAGUCGCUGUGUGAUUUCAGAGUUUAUCCGGCCCCUUCAGAUAUCUGGAGACAAACCAGAACAAUUGUCUGUCAAACCCACAUUCCUGUCCAAGUCAAGAUCUGGGACCCCAAGAUGCAGAUUUGAUUCAGACAUGGAUAAUGAUCAGAAUUCCAAUACCUCAAAGCAGAGAUAUUCUGGGAAAGUCCACCUUUGCAUUGCCCGGUACAGCUACAACCCCUUUGAUGGACCAAAUGAGAACCCAGAGGCGGAGCUCCCUCUCACGGCAGGAAAAUACCUUUAUGUCUACGGGGACAUGGACGAGGACGGCUUCUACGAAGGAGAACUUCUGGAUGGACAAAGAGGACUGGUCCCUUCGAACUUUGUGGAUUUUGUUCAAGACAACGAGAGCCGGUUGUCAAGCACACUGAGCAGCGAGCAGGAUCAGAACUUCAUCAACCGCUCGGGCCCUCCCCUGGAAGGAGAUCUCUUGGAGAUCAGUCCCCCGAGUCACAUCGACUCCGGCGUGGUCAGCAACGGCGCGGGGACGCUGGAUGUGAACAUUGAUGAGAUUGGAGAAGACAUUGUGCCUUAUCCUAGAAAAAUCACCCUUAUCAAACAACUAGCCAAAAGUGUUAUUGUGGGCUGGGAGCCACCGGUGGUGCCGCCCGGCUGGGGAACCGUCAGCAGCUACAACGUCCUGGUGGACAAGGAGAUCAGGAUGAACGUAGCCCUGGGCAGCAGGACGAAAGCCCUGAUAGAAAAGCUCAACAUCUCCACCUGCACGUACCGGAUAUCCAUCCAGAGCAUCACCAACAAGGGCAACUCCGACGAGCUGCAGUGCACCUUGGUGGUGGGCAAGGACGUCAUCGUAGCCCCCUCCAACCUCAGAGUGGACAACAUCACCCAGAUUUCUGCUGAGCUGUCCUGGCUCCCUACAAACAGUAAUUACAGUCAUGUCAUCUUCCUGAACGAGGAGGAGUUUGACAUUGUCAAGGCUGCUAGCUACAAGUACCAUUUUUUUAAUUUGAAGCCCAAUAUGGCCUACAAGGUGAAGGUCAUGGCAAAGCCCCACCAGAUGCCCUGGCAGCUUCCCCUGGAACAGCGAGAAAAAAAGGAAGCCUUUGUGGAAUUUUCUACAUUGCCAGCAGGUCCUCCAGCUCCACCUCAAGAUGUGUCUGUCCGGGCAGGGUCCACGCCAGGGACCAUCCAGGUGUCCUGGAAGCCCCCGGUGCUGUCGGCGACGGGGACGUCACACGGUGCCAGCGUCACGGGCUACGGUGUCUACGCCAAAGGCCAGCGGGUGGCAGAGGUGAUGUUCCCAGCAGCCGAGAGCACGCCGCUGGAGCUGCGGAUCCUGCGGAGCCUGGACGCCAGGGAAGUGACGGUCCGGACGCUCUCUGCGCAGGGAGACUCGGUGGACUCUUGUGUUGCUGCCAUUCCAUCUGACCUCCUGGUGCCUCCAACCCCUCACCCCAGAACCGCUCCCAAAUCUAAGCCAUUAGCAAGUGCCGGAGCCCCAGAAACCAAAGAAGAACACUUAGGCCCGCAUUUAAAAAGGGAUGAGUCGUGGGAGCAGACUCGUUCGGUGUCCCCUGUCCACGGACACAUGCUGGAGCCACCCAACUUCCACGGCCCACUCCAGGGGAGGAGAUCUCCAUCCCCCAACAGAAUCCUGCCCCAGCCUCAAGGCACUCCAGUCCCCAACACCGUCGCAAAAGCCAUGGCAAGAGAAGCUGCACAAAGAGUGGCAGAGAGCAACAGGAUGGAGAGGAGGAGCGUUUUCAGCGAGCGGAGCAGCGCGGCCCCGUUCUCCGAUGAGGAGGAGGAUGGUUAUGACUCCCCCAAGGUCAAGCGAAGGGGAGCCUCGGUUGAUGAUUUCCUGAAAGGGUCAGAGCUUGGCAAGCAGGCUCACUACUGCCACGGGGAUGAGUACCAGACCGAGAGCAGCCGCGGCUCCGACCUGUCCGACAUCCUGGAGGAGGAUGAGGAGGAGCUCUACUCCGAGAUGCAGCUGGAGGAGGGCGGCCGGCGGCGCCUCAGCCUCACCUCGCACGGAGCGCUCAAGCUUUUAGGUAACCCAGCCUCGGCAGGACGGCAGGACAGGGUGGAGCACGCAGGGCGGAGGUCCCACGGCAGCGCGGUGCCACCGAGGUCUCGGCCCGUCUUGGUCCCCUCCAUUGAUGGCUACGGUGGCCAUGACCAUCUUUCUCCAGAUAUUUAUGAGGAGUCUGAAACAGAUCCUGGCACAGAAGAUCUUUCCACUCGAAUAUUUGUUGCACUUUUUGACUACGAUCCACUGACCAUGUCCCCAAACCCCGAUGCUGCAGAGGAGGAGCUGCCAUUUAAAGAAGGACAGAUCAUUAAGGUUUAUGGGGACAAAGAUGCUGAUGGAUUUUACCGUGGAGAAACCUGUGCAAGAGUUGGCCUUAUCCCCUGUAAUAUGGUCUCUGAGAUACAAGCAGAUGAUGAAGAGAUGAUGGAUCAGCUUCUCAAACAAGGUUUCCUUCCUUUGAACACUCCAAUUGAGAAAAUCGAGCGGGGCCGGCGCAGGCAGCAGCAGCUCAGCACCAGGAGGAUGGUGGCUCUCUACGACUACGACCCCAGGGAGAGCUCCCCGAACGUGGAUGUGGAGGCCGAGCUGACGUUCUGCACCGGGGACAUCAUCACCGUCUUCGGUGAGAUCGAUGAAGAUGGAUUUUAUUAUGGUGAACUCAAUGGACAGAAGGGGCUGGUUCCUUCCAACUUCCUUGAAGAAGUGCCUGAUGAUGUUGAGGUGUUUCUCUCCGACGCACCCUCGCGCUACGUCCACGACACACCCACGCGAUCCAAGGCAAAAAGGAAGAAGAGUGUUCAUUUCACACCUUAA